AUGGCCGCUUUUCAAAUGGUAGAACUUGAAGAAUCAGAGAUGGAAAAUACGAAGGGGCUGGUAUUAAGUUUUAAACCAGCCCGUUUUAGGAUCGUUUGGUUCACUGAUUUUGGCCGCAACUGGCCAAUUUGUUUACCAGAAAACUUGCUAGAGGUUGUGACCAAUCAAUUUUCACGUGUUGCACUAAAUGAACGCUGUUCAUUCUUUGGGAAUGUGUCUCUUGGAUCUUCCGUAUCCUUGUCUGAGCUCCGGGAGAUAUAUAAUGUGGUAGUGCUUGCCUAUGGUGCUGAAAGUGAUAGAGUUCUUCGUAUUCCUGGAGAAGGCAAUGUAGCCCUUGAUGUUGCGCGCAUCCUUUUACGACCAACGAUGGAAUUGGCAACAACUGAUAUUGCCUUCCAUGUUUUGGAUGCUCUGGAGGAGAAAGUGUAUUUGGUUGGAAGACGUGGAUCAGUACAAGCGGCCUGUACUGCAAAAGAGCUACGUGAAGUUUUAGGUAUUAAAGAUCUGUAUGUAAACAUCCAGAAAGCUGAUAUGCUUAAAAGCCCAGAAGAUGAAGCAUGUCUCCUCACCCUAAAACUUAAUAUGCUUCUUCUCACAGAUGUUGUUAUAGCUCCUCCCUUUGUUUACAUUGAACAAGUCAAGAAUUCAUUAACAGAUAGGAUUGAUAUAGCUGCUCAAAAUUCAUGGACAGGAAAAGGUGGGGCUUUUACCAGAGAAAUCAGAGAUGAUUGGAUGGCCCAUCUUCAAUAUGACAAUGUGUGUUCAACAGACUAUGCUGAGGAAGUGUUUCCAGCGUUGAAGGAUAUUGGAUGCAAGUGGGUUAUUCUUGGACAUUCUGAACGGAGACAUGUAAUUGGAGAAGAUGACCAGUUUAUAGGAAAGAAGGCUGCUUACGCCUUGAGCCCGGAUCUGGGACUAAUAGCCUGCAUUGGAGAGCUUUUACAAGAAAGAGAAGCUGCCAAAACCUUGAUUAAUUCAUGUCACCAAUGUCCAGAUGCUGUACCCAGUUGGGAUAAUGUCGUCAUUGCAUAUGAGCUGGUAUGGGCAAUUGGAACUGGUCAAGUGGCCACACCAGAGCAGGCUCAGGAAGUUCAUGUAGCAGUUCGUGAUUGGCUUAAAAAGAAUGUUUCUGCAGAAGUUGCGUCAAAGACACGGAUUAUCUACGGAGGAUCUGUAAAUGGGGGCAACUGUGCUGAACUUGCAAAACAAGAAGAUAUUGAUGGAUUACUCGUUGGUGGUGCUUCCUUAAAGCCUAGUGCAUCAUACAUGUUUGAAGGUUGCUGCUUGAUAACUUGUGAUGGUUUAGGCCUGGGGCAAAUAAAUGGCUCUGAGAAUCACACCCUGGUGAAGCAACGGCAGAUGAGCCACAUGCUCUUCACCCGCUCAAGAUUUAUGGAUCCUGUUGGGCUUUUAAGUGCGAAAGUUGAUGAUGAUGAGUCGCAUUCCAGUGAAAGUGCCAGAUUUGACCUCCAGUGCAUUCCGGUGAGUCGUUCUUUGCCGAAGCUGGACGGACUUCCGGGUCCUGAGUUUGCAACCAUUAUUAAUUCUGUGACCUCAAAGAAGGUUGCUGCUUAAUAACUUUUGCUGGUUUAGGCCUGGGGCAAAUAAAUGGUCUGAGAAUCACCCCAGGUGGAAGCAAUCAGCAAGUGAGCCAGUUCUAUUUGGUGGGACUUGUGAUCAGUUUCCUUUUCCCCCUGCCUUAUACAUGAAAGAUAUCAGUGUAUUUUCUUGGACUGAUUGCUCCAUCUAUUUGAAUGGCAAAGACUGAAAUAAAAUACUUGUCGAGUUCAAUUGAUGUACGAUGAUUAAUUACGGCCCUUGGUUAAAUUCCUU